AUGCGUGCCCCCUGCAGUGUACAAUUCAUGCCACCGUGGAGGCGGAGGCGGCGAUCGCCCAAGUAUUCCACCACAGCAUUCGAAAGCAAGAAACAAAGCACAAAACUCGUGAAAGCAACCAGUGGCGUAUCCUUCACCGGGCCUGAUUGGACAGGAUCGAUGCUGUUUCGCCAAAGGCAAAGGAGAGGUGGUGUCGACACAAAAUUGAGUUGCAGUCAAAUACCUGCUUGGUCCAAAAGCGGAGCCUCCUCCAUGAUGACGGCUGCCCGACUGGCCACUCUCACAACACCCCCACUCCUUUCCUCUCUCCCUUCCUCCCUCUUUCCCUCCUUCCCUCCUUGCUUCAUCGUCUCUCCGCCGCCUCCUAUUUGCAUUUCGUCAGCUGUUCACUCUCUCCCUCCUUCGUCAUGGGUCAUCGUCCCGUAUCAACUUGUGCUCCUUUUCCGGACAUGCGUUGCAUUCAGUCGAGUCGAUAUUGCAACUAAUUGCGCCUGGAUCCUAAUUAUAAAAUAG